AUGACACCAACUCCACGAUCUCAUGUCACCCAACCUAAUCUCCGACUCGCUCGUCUGAGGCGCCCAAGAAAUGCGAAUCCAUACGAUGCCGCGCAUCGGCCGCAACGCACACCCCCCACUCCACCUGCACCUAUUGAACCAAACGACUCCGAAGAAGACAGUGACAGGUCGUUGUCAGAAGGCGAGACAAUGAUGGAGUAUGAUCGUCGUAGGGCUACGCGGCGGGCGCGUGGAAUGGAGUCGGAUGAUUCUGGGGAUGGGGAGUGGGUGGAGACUACGCCGAUGGUAAGGCAAGGUCAGAGGCAUGAUGAGGAGGAAGGAGGGAUUGAGGAAGGUGAGUAAGUUUGUGGUCUUUCUUGCCUUUAUAAUUACAGAUCGGGAAAACUGA